AUGGCAGGCGUAGACGAGCAUCAAAUUCGCCAAUCGGCGCUCUGGGGCCACAUGACGCAGGUGCUCGCGCAGGUGAUCCGCGAGCGGCCCGCCAACGCGAUGGACGCGCUCAGCGCGGCUUCCAACCACCUCCUGUCUGGCAGCGCUGUACCCCCAACAAAAGGCAAGAUGUACGUCGAUCCGCGGCCCACCGCUCGCGCUGAGGCCCCAAUCGACUCCUUCACGAGCACGCGUUGGGCUGCCAACACGAAUACCGCCUUGGCACCGCCGAGACCGCCACGCCGCCCACGCCGUGCUGACGGCGAAAAUGACGAGGAGGAAGAGGACGACGCGUCAGCUAACGCCGGGUUGGAUGGCCAACCGCGCAUCGACCUCGCGGAUCACCCCGGCACUCUUAGCGAUGUCGUGAUGGAGCAGCAGUACUUUAACAUGGUCGGACUUGGUUUGCCGCGGGUGGAAGCGUAUCGUCUGCUCGUUGGCCUGCGCCAGCUGAUCCGGUCUGAGCCGCUGUCGUCCGUGCGCUUCUGGGGUGUGGUUACAGGCAGUUCGUACGACUAUUACGUCGCGGAGUGCCAGGUGGAUGCGGAGCGCAUGCAGGAGAACGCUGACAUGAACGGCGAGGGCGAUGAGGAUGGCGACAUGGAAGAGGAAGAGGAACACGCACCCGUUUCGAAGAUUGCUGACGUACUGUGUACUGUGGCGAGGGGUCGUCUUGCGCGCCGUGGGCCACGUCCGUCCACGCCGGCGGAGGAGGCCGGGACGGGCCUCAACGCCAUGUGCUACUACGCUUCGACUAGUGCGGAUCCCACGACCUGGACGCGCCUGCCGGAUGUCAGCCCGCAUCAUAUCACAGUCGCCCGCGCCUUACGCUGCCGUUUCUCUGGCAACUUCGACGCCCCAGUACAUGGGCACCCGCGCUUCAUGGGGAGCGAGAAGCACUACCUGCGCGCUCAGAUUGCCCGCAUCACGAGCGCGUGCCGCAUCGCACCCGUGCAGACAUUCACCACUGAGGGCGCCGUGCCUGAUGCGGAGGAGGAAGAAGGGGCCCCGGCUCACCCGCCGCCGACGGCGGUGCCGGCCUAUUCCGUGGUGCCGCCGCUGCUGCCGCAAGAGAUGCCGGAUGAGGAGGACACGGACGCCAUCGCGGCCGUGCAGGCGUGGUUCACGGGAUACUCCAAGGAGGAGCUGAUGCAGACAAAGGGGUGGUCGCACAUUGCCCCGUCGGUGCUGAGCUGCGGCCGCGUCACGACAGCGCUGGCAGAGGAGGAGGAGGAACAGGAGCCGGCGGACGGAGAAGGGGAGAACGGGCAGGGGGACGGUGCGAGCACCUCUGAGCCGCCGCCGCCGCCACCGGAGCCCGAAAUGGUCGCACCGUUUUUGUGUGACAUUAGCCUCGACGCGCCGCUCUCCUUCACCGGGCACAGCCGCGCCCAACUCGCUGCCUGGACCUUCCGCAAGGCCUACGAAGUGGAGGGAAGCCAAACUUCUGUGUAUGUGGCCAAGUCCCUCCGCUGGCCCGGCGCGGCCACCUACGCGGUGACGACCACCGGACGUCCUGGCGCCUCUUACCAGAUGAUGUACUAUGGGACGGGCCUCAAGGACAUGCAAGGCGCCUACUACGCGCCACCCCUGCCAGCCCCGUGCUGCCACGAGUAUGUGGAGGCGCCUGGCGAGUUUGAUGGCCAGUGGGAUUGCACCAUAGAUGAAGAGCUGCGCUACGCCCCGCCUCCCCCGCGCCCGGAAGCCGAGGAGGAGGAGGACGAGGAGGAGGACGUGUAG